GUGGGGGUUGAGAAGUUGCAAAUGAUUAUUUAGCAUCUUCACAUGUAGUGUACCUCUUCCUCCUCUCUUCUUAUAAGACUCCCAUUUUCAAUUCCCAUCUACCCAAUAAGCUCACAUUUCCAUCCACCUCUCUGUCUCUCUCUCUCUCUCCUCUCUCUCUCUCUCUCUACAUUUUAUAAUGGAGCUUCUUGCUUUAGUCUGUGUUUUUUCAGCCUUGUACUUCAUUUUUAUUAUGUGGAAGCUUUUUGAUAAGAGGAGAGACCAAGAGUGCUACAUUUUGGACUACCAUUGCUACAAGCCCACAGAUGACAGAAAGCUAGACACUGAGUUCUCAGGUGAGAUUAUCAAGAGGACCAAGAAUCUUGGUCUUUUGGAAUACCAGUUCCUCCUCAAGGCAAUUGUAAGCUCAGGGAUUGGUGAGCAAACUUAUGCUCCAAGAAUAAUGUUUUCAGGCAGGGAAUCAUGUCCCACAUUGGACGACAGCAUCUCUGAGAUGGAGGAGUUCUUCCAUGAUAGCAUCAAGAAACUCCUUGACAGAUCAGGGAUUUCACCUUCAGAAAUUGAUGUGCUUGUUGUGAAUGUCUCCAUGUUUGCAUCUGUUCCAUCUUUGUCCUCCAGGAUUAUAAACCACUACAAGAUGAGGGAGAACAUAAAGGUCUUUAACCUCAGUGGGAUGGGCUGCUCAGCAUCCCUAAUCUCAGUUGACAUAGUGAAAAACAUUUUCAAGUCACACAGAAAUGUUUAUGCACUUGUGGUCACUUCUGAGUCCUUGAGCCCCAAUUGGUAUUCAGGCAAUGCCAGAUCCAUGAUUCUGGCAAACUGUUUGUUCAGGUCCGGCGGUUGCGCGAUCCUUCUGACGAACAAACGGGCCUUAAAACACCGAGCCAUGUUCAAAUUGAAAUGCUUGGUGAGAACCCAUCACGGCGGGAGAGACGAUUCCUACGGGUGCUGCAUCCAACAAGAAGAUACACAAGGGUAUCUAGGGUUUCACCUAGACAAAUACUUACCCAAGGCGGCCACACGAGCUUUUGUGGACAACCUAAGGGUAAUAUCCCCCAAGAUUUUACCCAUCAGGGAGCUAAUGAGGUUUUUGCUUGUAACCCUGGUGAAAAAAAAGACCUCCUCACAACAAUCCACCAAGGGAGGGGCUAUUUCUAGCCCAUCACCAAAACCUGUGAUCAAUUUCAAAACUGGGGUGGAUCAUUUUUGCAUCCACACCGGUGGGAAGGCGGUGAUCGACGGCAUAGGAUUAAAUCUUGGUCUCAGCGAGUAUGAUCUGGAACCUGCAAGGAUGACACUCCACAGAUUUGGGAACACAUCAGCAAGCAGCCUCUGGUAUGUGUUGGGAUACAUGGAGGCAAAGAAGAGGUUGAAGAAAGGGGAUACUGUUUUGAUGAUAAGCUUUGGAGCCGGGUUUAAAUGCAACAGUUGCUUGUUGGAGGUGGUAAGGGAUUUGGGGGAUGAAAAUGUUUGGAAGGAGGACAUUGCUACGUACCCACCAAAGACGCUCACAAACCCUUUCUUGGAGAAGUUUGGUUGGAUUCGUCAUGAGGAUCCAAGCACAUUCAACGUGGAUAAUUAUUUGAACCUUUAAACUAAAGGUGAUAUCAAUCUCUCUAAUUGUUUUUAAUUACUUCUGAAAAGUAUAACUUUUUUGGGGGUUUUACUCUUUAAUUUCUUUGUUUUUGUUGUAUUUUGAUUUUUUUUUUCUUUUCUGUAUACUAUAAAGUUCUUAUUAUUGAAUCCCUCUGCGGAUUUCAUGACUAAUAAAAUAUGCUGCUGCUUUGAAAUUUAAA